AUGCGGCAGACUUUGCAACACUUCCUCGACGAGGCCGAGGCGCUGGACGCCGACGGCGCCGAGGAGGGCUCGGAGGAGCCGCCAGAGCUGGACGAGCUCGAGGAGCCGGCGGAGCUGGCCACCGGCAGGGCCUUCGAGGCGGUAUACGCCUACCUGGAGGACGAGGCACGGCUCCGGGCCCUGGGCGAGCAGGCCGUCCAGAUCUUCUGGGACGCGGGCCAGGUGGCCCCCGUGGGCAAGCAGCGGGCCCGGCUGCUCGAGAUGGCCAGAACCCUCGCCUCGAGGCUGGUCCUGCGGCUGCGCGCCGCGGGCCGGCCGCGCCCUGGGCAGGCGGACCACGAGAUGGGCCUCGGGCCAGAGUGGUUGCUGGAGGCGCUGGGCUGCCUCUGGUGGUUGCGAGAGCUGGGCUUGGAGCGAGAAGAGCCGCUCGUCGACGAGUGCCUCGAGGAGUGGAUCGCGUCGGGUGGGUCCAUGAAGACGCUGGUAGGCUUCUCCCUCGAGGAACUCCAGGCGGUCCCGAAGCGUGAGCUCAGCGAGGUCCUCAUCUCGGCGUUCACGCUCGAGAGGAGCGUGGUGUGUGGCCUGUUCGGCGACGACAGGCCCGAGCCGCCACCUCUGGAGUUCGGCGUGCAGGAGGUGCUGGCGGAGGUGCGGCGCCGGCAGCUCACGGAGCCGCCCCUGCCCGGCUUCUUCAGCGACUUCUGUGUGAUGACUCAAGUCGUGUACGUGCUGAACUGCUUCAACGGUGCGCUGCCCAACAAGCGCUCGGACUGCCCGUGGCUCUAUGCCUACCUGGAGCGUUGCCUGGGCUUUUUCAUGCGCGAGGCUAGGGCGCAGGCCCCGGCUGCCACCGCCGGGGAGUGGGCCGAGGAGGCGGUGAGUGCUGUGGCGGAG